CAGGCCCGCCGGAAGUCUAGAGAAGCUCCUUGAAGGCGCCGCCUGGGUGCGACUGGCCGUUGGCCCAUUCCGGCGCGAGAUCCAGCCUUCUAGGAGAACCAUGCCUCCUGCAGCUUUGGGUGCCACCUGUUGUGCCAGGCACAUGCCGCUGCCCAAGAGGAGAUGCUGUUUGAAUUCUCCUUGAAUAUUGAGAGAAGGAAUGCCCUAGCUGCCAGUAGAAAAUUAUCCAAACGAGAACUACAUAAGCCGGGGACCCUGAAUCACCUCCCUCAGGAUGGACUUCUUGGUUCUCUUCUUGUUCUACCUGGUUUUGGUGCUGAUCGGUGUUGUUACAGUAUGCAUCUGCUCAAAAACCCAUUACCUGAAAGGUGUAGUCAGAGGAGGAGCACAGAUAAUUUCCUGUAUAAUUCCAAAAUGCCUUCAGAGAGCUAUGCCAAAAUUGCUUCAUUACCUCUUCCGUACACGAAACCACACCUUCAUUAUCCUGCACCUCAUCUUGCAAGGGAUGGUUUACAGUGAAUACACCUGGGAAAUAUUUGGCUACUGUCGAGAGCUGGAGUUCUCCUUGUGUUACCUUCUUCUGCCCUAUUUUCUGCUGAUUAUAAACCUGGUGUUUUUCACUCUCAGCUGUGUAAGUGACCCUGGUACCAUAACGAAAGCAAAUGAGUUACUGUUUCUUCAAGUUUAUGAAUUCGAUGAAGUGAUGUUCUUAAAGAAUAUGAAGUGCUCUACGUGCAAUUUAAGGAAACCAGCACGAUCCAAACACUGCAGUGUUUGUAACAGGUGUGUGCACCGUUUUGACCACCACUGUGUUUGGGUGAACAACUGCAUUGGAGCCUGGAACGCCAGGUACUUCCUCCUCUACCUCUUGACGUUGACAGCCUCAGCAGCCACCAUGGCCAUCGUGAGCACUGUGUUUCUGGUCCAGUUGGUGGUGUUGUCUGACUUGUAUUUGGAAACUUACAUUGAUCACCUUGGACACUUCCAGGCUGUUGACAUUUUCUUUCUUAUUCAGUACCUGUUUCUGACCUUCCCGAGGAUUAUCUUCAUGCUGGGCUUUGUCAUGAUGCUGAGCUUCCUCCUGGGGGGCUACCUGUGCUUUAUUUUGUACCUGGCUGCCACCAACCAGACCACUAACGAGUGGCACAAUGGUGACCGGGCUUGGUGCCAUCAUUGCCGCCAUGUGACCCGGCCCCUAUCAGCAGAUACCCAGGUCAACCGGAACAUUCACUCCCAUGGGCUUUGGAGCAACCUUGGAGAGGUCUUCCUACCUGCCACUGCACCUUAUGAGAGAAAGAAGAACUGAGAAUGGGAAGUGUUACUGCCAUUUAAAUAUAGUAUACAUUUAUUUAUACAUAUA